AUGCUCACGUAUCUUCAGAGCGGUCCGCUCAGACUGGCCGUGGUGUUGACUGUGUCAUGGCUGAGUAAGGCGUUUGUCGAUCCCCCGCCCGAGUCGUGUGAAACUAAUUCGGGUCCGGUUCUAGGUCUCUUCACGCUGUUCAUCACGUUCAGCUCAUUUAUGCGGGGGCCCGAAUUUCAACAUUCAGUGAGCACUAUACCCCAUGGCGUUGUGGAGCAACGGGUCCUAUCGGUUUCAGCUCUCAAGAAAUACCCCAUCAGCCCAGUAAACCAGGUCAUCCUCGACUCGGCCGUAUUUCCAUAUAUCCCCUUCAUGCUUGAUACCACUAGUGAUACUCCCCGAGUCAACGGCGCCUCACCCACCGACGGCAUACGGGUUGCUUCCAAGGACACCUUACCAUGGUCUACUUUCGGUGUCUCAUCGACCGAUGCAGUUCUGCUAAACGAAAUGGUUUUCGAUUCCGAAAGACAGUCAUGGCAGUUUCCAAAGUUGGCCAUCUACGCCUGGUCAGUCAAGGGCAAGACCAACGCGCAUCACGAGAAGAUUUACCUGGCCCUCAAUUACGCGCCUAUUCCCAAGCCCCAAGAUGCGUUUAUGAUUCUCGUUCGCACCGAUAAAGAUUGGGUCAUCGAGUUUGUGCGCCCGUUGGAUGCAAGCGCCCCGAACAAGUCCCUUCCAUUCCUGCGCAUGCUCUCCGUUUUCCUCUGGCCCAUCAUGUUCCAUAAUUUCUUGGGCGCAGCGGGCUUGUCAGGGGUAUUCUUAAUUUGGAUCUGCAUACUCACGGCUGGAUACGCUGGCAUGACGAUCCUCGUCACUCAAUACAUUGUACGCAGGGAUCAUGAAGGGGCUAGGAGAAGGGAGGGUGCGGCGCAACGUUGGGAAGCAGAGGGAUGGGCCGACAUGGGUCUUGUUCCAGGAGAACAAGGGACGCGUCCUGCAGAAUGCAACGAAUUACCUUCCAAGAGUGGUGCAUAG